AUGCUCCCUCAAACUUUGACUAUAACUCUCGUGUUGAGUGUACAGCACGCCUUUGCACUGACAAACUCCUCUCGCUUGCCAGAACAGCUCUUCUUAGACAUCUCCAUCAACGAUGUUCUUCAAAAUACGUCCAUGCUGCCAUUGGUGGAGCCUUGGUCUAGCAAAUACGUUGAAGCUAUCCAGAGCCAAAGAUAUGGUGAUGCGAUAUGGGCAAGAUUCCAUAUAGAGGGAGGCGUCCAGAACGGCAUCACCCUAGAUACAAAUGACACCAUCUUGGACAUCAUCAAGGAAGACGCAGCUGGCUACAAGGCUAAUGCACCUGUUCAAUACACCGAGGCUGUUGCCUUCUAUGCGAAUACUAGCAGUGACGACAACCACUCGGACCUCAUCAAGGCCAUUGUGGAUGCAGCUCCGGAUGAAGACCUUGCCAAACGUGCUACGUUCAAGAUAAAUUGCGACGCCAACCACAAUCUCGCGUUCCAGUCAGACUGCCAGCAGCUUAUUCGUAACAUGUUGAGAAGCAAGAUAAACAUAGGAGACACAAGGCUUGCCGCUAUUCAUGGUGGCUGCAGACUCAGAGUUGGACCCUAUCGUUCUGCUCCAGAUGUCACCUAUAACACAGCCCAUGCGGUCGCUAUUCUGAUUGAGGAGAAAUGUGCGAGGAGGAUUGGAUGUUGCCAGUUUGUAUCAGGUUCUUCGCCAAAGAAUGGAGGACACCGAAAGUUGAGUCUUAUAUCUCAGAAGAUGGAUAAUGCUGCACCAAAGAGCUUCACUCUCGAGUUGGCAUUCUUGUUGGGAAGAGCAAUGAGUCUCGUAAGUCUUAGUGGAGUGAUUGCAGGCUUUAUCUAA